UUAUGUGGAGAACAGUUUCACAAAUAUAAUUCGCAUACAUUUAUUUAAAUGAUCUGCAUGAAACAUUAAUUGCUAUCGUGUAGUUUAAAUUAAAUACUUUAGUUCUGUAACAAUGUUUAUUUUUUGCACUUAGUGCAACUGACAUUUCGUGCUAGGGCGUUGACUGCGACUUGUUAUUUACUUUGUGCAGCCGUUCCAUAGAAUGUGUAUUGCAACAAAAGCAUUAAGACGAUGAUGAACUUACUAGGGGCUUGUGGACGGCCUCGUGGAUUUUAAAUAUCAGCUUCCUGGACGGGCGCCUUGCACCGGUUUUGUAAAACGAGAUCGCCCUUAGCUUUAGUGAAUACUUUCUAUAAAUACGAAGCCCCACAAUUGUCAGGCAUCAGUCGUUCAUCCGAACAACAAUACAAUCAACAAUGUUCAAGUUUGUGGUUUUGUGUGCCUUCGUCGUCGCGGCUACCGCCGAGCCCGGUGUCCUGAUCCCGGCGCCUUACACCCAGUACUCAUCGUACAUUGCUCCUGCAACGACAACCAUCUCAAAGCAGGCCAGCAGCGUCAUCCAUCCUUCUCCGGCCGUCUACUCUACAUACUCGUAUCCUGCUCUGACCCACUUCAUCAAGAAGCGCUCGCCUCAGAUCCCCCUGGCCUACUCCACACCUCUGCAGUACUACCCUAACUACGUGGCCACUGCCUACAACACGCCGCUCAUCAACACCGCUGCUCCCGUCGUGACCCAACACGUUGCGAGCAUCCCCGCCGUGCAUCUCAUCAAGAAGAGGUCCGCUCCCCUGAUCCCCACGACCUACUACACGCCCACGACCUACACGGCUGCCGCACCUGUUCUCGCAUCCACCUACACUGCUCAUGCUCCUCUGUAUACGUCUUCCCCAGUGAUCUCCCAGCCUAUUCCUUUUGCUCAUUACAUUAAGAAGAGGUCUGCUGCCCUGACCUCCAUCAUCGCCCCUACUUCCUACUCUACCCAGUCCAGAUUCGACCUGCGCACUGCUUACACUCCUUAUGCUGCUGGUGGCAUCGCUUACGCCGCUCCCGUCUCCUACGCCAGCCCCAUCGCUCUCUCCCACGUGUACUAAGCGAACAUUGUGAAGGAUGCUUACAGUAUCCUAACUGAACAUCAAACAAGAACUGUAAAUCCAAAAUUUUCCAACCUAAAAUAGUUUUAUGUUUGUACAUAAUUUUCAUGACAGAUUAAAAUAAAUUCUGGAUAGUAACAUA